AUGAGAGGCGCAGCUUUUCGCUCAAAAGCACACCGGGUCUUUUUCAGUCUGCCAGCAUCUCAGCUGCUGCCCCUAAAUGCAGCAGCAGCAGCAGCAGCAGCAGCAGAGACAGCAGCAGAGACAGCAGCAGCAGUGACCGCAGCAGCAGCAGCAGCAGAGCCCGCAGCAGCAGCUCCCCAGGCCACUCAGCAGCAGCAGCUCGCGCUGGAGAGCCCCAGGGCUGAAGAGGCUCACAGUGACCCUCAAGAAGAGCAGCAGCAGCAGCAGCAGAACAGCGAGCAGCAGCAGCAGCAGCAGCAGCAGCAGGCCAGUGGAGCGCUGGCUCUAGCAGCAAACGAAGCUCACGCGCCUAAGCGCAGGCGACAUUCAGCAGCAGCAGCAGCUGCUGCUGCUGAUAGCUGCCAAGAGCAAGCAGCAAAUUCUGUCACAACCUUGGCGCUCCCCAGCAGCAGCAGCAGCAGCAGCAGCAGCAGCAGCAGCAGCGGGCGAGAGGCGGGUCUGCUGCAGCAGCAGCUGCAGCUCAUGGCAGCAAGAACGCAGGAAGCUGUAAGUGCUGAGGCUGCUGCUGCUGCUGCUGCGAACGUAGCAGGUGAAGUGCUGUCGUGGGGGCCCCCCUGCGCUGCGCAGGGGCCCUCUGCAGCAGCCCCCGCAGCAGCAGCAGCAGCAGCAGCAGCAGCAGAAGGGCCUGCAGCGCAGCAGGAAGCCUUUGCUGCCUUUCAAGGAGACCCUGAACAGCUGCAGCAGCAGCUGCAGGCGUUCCCGCUGCUGCAGCAGCAGCUGCUGCUGCAGCUGGAGGCCCGCCGCGGGGCCACCAGGGCCUCCGGACUCUAUCCUUCUGUGUCUCCAGACUGGCUGGGAUAUGUUGUUACAGAAAAGCUGCAGCAGCUUUCGGGAUUAUCUGCUGCUAGCUUUUUUGCUGCUUUCGGAGUGUCCUCCUGGGAGGCGCUGCAGCAGGAAACUGCUGCCCACAGCAGCAGCAGCAGGGGGGCCCCCCAGGGGGCCCCCAGGUCCAGGGGCCCCCAGGGCAUGUGGGGCCCCACACUUGACCUCACUGCUUCUACGCUGGACCUCAUGCUGCGGCUUGCUGCUGUUCGAGUGGUUUGGAGAAGAUGCAUCAUCAAGGCUUUGUGGCUGCCGUGCGCCAACAGCAGCAAAGCAGCAGCAGCAGCAGCAGCAGCAGCAGCGGCGGCGGAAGCAGCAGCGGAAACGGGCCAAGCGCUAGCCCUGCCUGCAGCAGCAGCAGCAGCAGCAGCAGCGCCAGCAGAGGGGUCAGCAGCAGCGCCAGCAGAGGGGCCAGCAGCAGCAGAGCCGCCAGCGCCCGGCAGCGCCCCCGCUGCAGCAGCAGCAGCAGCAGCAGCAGCAGCAGCAGCAGCAGCAGGGCGGCGGAGCUUGCUGCUGCCGCUGCGGCGCAGCAGCGGGCGCUUCGGGCUGCGGCGCGCAGCAGCAGACGGGCUCGAAGUGUCGUCUGUACACCCGGAAGCUGUGGGGCCGGAGCCGCUGUUUUCGGGUGUAUGUACACCCAACCUUCUUGCUGCCAGCAGACUCUUUUCUCCCCACUUGCCCCCCCGGCUGCCUCCCCUGGACUUCGAUUUGCUGCUCGCGCUGCUGCUGCUCGCGCUGCGCCGCUGCCGCGUCCCCCUUGCUGCUGCGGACGUCCUGCGCCUGCUGCUGCAGAACCGGAUCGGGACUUUGUCGCUGCUGCGGCUGUUUCCCCCCGCGCUGUGGCACCAGUGCCGCGUGGCCACGGGGGCGCUGCUGCACCUGGGGCCCCACAGUGACGCAGCAGCAGCAGCAGCAGCACUGCAGCCGCAGGCGCUGCCGCAGGCCUUCCGGCUGCACACAGUGCUGCAGGACUUGGAGGCCCUGGGGGUGGGGGGGGCCCCCGGGGGGGCCCCCCCGCUCAAUGCAGCAGCACUGAUUGCCCGGAUUGGGGCUGCGCUGCGGCUGCCGCCGCUGGUGCUGCUGCUGGCCAACGCGCUGCUGCAGCAGCUGCUGCCGGCGCAGCUGCUGCUGCUGCAGCAGAAGCUGCGCACAGCCCCGGAGUACAGACACCUCAAACUCCCCCGCAAACCCCCUUUUGUCCCUUCCAAAGUCCAGUGUCUCCAGAGGCCUUUGCCCCCCCUUCGCAUUCGCAAAGGGCUGGGGGGCCCCCGCCUUCGCCGUGCUGCUGCUGCUGCUGCUGCUGCUGCUGCUGCUGCUGCUGCUGGUGGUGACGCGGCUUCCGCAGCAGCCGCAGGAGCAGCAGCACCCCACAGAACGGAAGACAGCACAGCAGCAGCGGCCUCCAAGCGCAGGCGUGCAGCAGCGGAGGGCACCGGACUUGCAGCAGAUAAAGCAGCAGCAGCAGCAGCAGCUGCUGCUGCUGCUGCUGCUGCUGCCACGGGCAGCGGCGAUGCAGCAGGCGCUGCAGCUUCACCAGGUGCAGGCCCAGCUGCGUCUGCGGGGAGCGUGGGGUCACCUGCGACGCAAGAAGCAGCAGCAGAAGCAGCAGCAGCAGCAGCAGCAGCAGCAGCAGGAAAAGAGGGGAGCAGCAGCAGCGAAGAGGGUGGCUUCUCCUUGGUGCUGCAGCCAGCAGCUGGCAGCAGCGAAGGGGAAAGCGAAGCAGCGGGGCCCCACACAGGGAAGGAAGGGGAGUCUGGGGGGGAGUUUUUUGCUGCUGCUGCUGCUGCUGCUGCAGCAGCAGGACCCAAAAGGAAGCGCAAAAGGGGGCCCCAACACAUGCCCUGGUGCCGCUUCAGGGGGGCCCCCAGGGGGCCCCCAGAGGCCCCCGAAGUGGCCCCUUCGGGGGUACCUCAAAACCACCCCGAGGCCUGGAAGCUGCUGACUCCCCGCAGCAAAACAAACUCUUGGGGAAGUCCUUUGGAGUUUGCUGCUGGGGCUUGUUUGCUGCUGGCCCUCAGGCUGCUCUACGCGGCCAUGCAGUGGCAGCCUGCUGCGCUGCCCAGCAGCAGCAGCAGCAGCAGCAGCAGCAGCAGCAGCUCCGAGGAGCAAGCUGCUGCAGCAGACCUCCAGAAUGCCCUGGAUAUCUGCGUGCAGACGGAGAAAGAGCUUUCCAGGGGAAAAGCGACGAGCAGCAACAGCAGCAGCAGCAGCAGCAGCAGCAGCAGCAGCAGCAGCAGCAGCAGCAGCAGCAGCAGCAGCAAGAGCGCCCGACAGCCCCUGCAGCAAGACGCGCAUCGCCAGUAUUCGCCUUCAUCUGCAGCCGACGACAGAGCCACCCGCAGCAGCGAACGCAGCCAAAACAGCAACAACAGCAGCAGCAACAGCAGCAGCAGCAGCAGCAGCAGCAGCAGCAGCAGCAGCAGCAGCAAAACAGAAGGGCCCCUUGCUGCCUUUGGGGGGCCCCUGUCGCCCUACCGGCUGCCGCUUCAAGUCCUUCGAUGGGCCACAGAUAAAUUUUUUGUUUAUCUUGAUGGCCUCACUCUGACUUGGGUUGUGGGCAUUCGCCAAACAGCAGCAGCAGCAGCAGCAGCAGCAGCAGCAGCAGCAGCGAGCGCUGCUGCUGCGUUUGCUGCUGAGCCUGCUGCUGAGGGAGCAGCAGACGGGUUUACCCUUUACUUCUUUCCUGCAAAAGAAAUCGGAGAGAGACGCGCGGGCAGAAAAGCCAUUCGCUUUCUGCUGCUGCAGCACCUCCACCACAAGCAGCAGCAGCAGCAGCAGCAGCAGCAGCAGCAGCAGCAGCAGCAGCAAAAGAGGAAGCGGCCAUCAUCAGGUGACUUGCUGCCAGCUCCUAUCGUUCGCCUACUUUUAGACCCCGAGGGCGGGGACCUGGCGGGGCUGCUGGACUAUUUCGACUCUGUGGAAGCAGCAGCAGCAGGUGCAACAUUUUGUGGGGGCGGAGAAGCUGAAGAAGUGCUGCUGGAGCAGCAGCUGCUGCUGGCAUACCAGGAGACUGCAGCAGCAGACCCGCGGCGCCUGCGCCGGCAGCAGCAGCAGCAGCAGCAGCAGCAGCAGCUGCUGCAGUUGCCGUCUUGGUGCUGGGGCUGCCAGCUGCCGCCGCCUCUCGUGUCUCCCGUUGCUUCUGCUGCUGUCUCCAAAGCCUUCGAAGCUGUCAUGUCUCCUGCUGCUGCAGGUGCAACUCAGCAGCAGCAGCAGCAGCAGCAGCGGCAGCAGCAGCAGCAGCAGCAGCAGCAGCAGCAGCAGUUUUUGUCUGCUGUUCAGGCCGACAGAACAACAGUGCUAGACACUGAUUUAGGGUUUAGGGCUUGGGCUUUGGGCCCGCUGCUGCAGCAGCAGCAAGUGCUGCAGCGGGCUGAGGAGCUGCUGAUUUGCCGCCCGCUGCACUCGCAUGCUGCUGCUGCGCUGGCAGCAGCGCGGCGCCAUCGUAGAGACAGAAGGAGACACUAUGCCCCUCGCAGAUGUGGCAGAGGAUCUAAAGCAGCAAAUGCUGCUGCUGCAGCAUUUGGCUACAUAGGGGUGCAGCAGCAGCUGCUGCAGGACCAGCAGCAGCAGCUGCUGCAGGACCAGCAGCAGCGGCGCCGCAGCAAAAAGGGCCGCCGCGAGAAGGGGAAGCGCCGCCACCGCACCCGAAGCAGCAGCAGCAGCAGCAGCAAUAGCAGCAGCAGCAGCAGCAGCAGCAGCAGCAGCAGCAGCAGGCCGACUCACUUUCAGAAGUAUAGGCACUUUGCUAGCGCACAAGAGGCCUGCGAGCCGUGUGUGCUGCUGCCGCUGCAGCCGCACAGUGCUGCUGCUGUGCAGCAGUUUGCUGCAGCAGCUGCAGCGGAGCUGCCGCUGCUGCCGCUGCCCGUGCCUGCUGCUGCUGCUGCUGCUGCUGCUGCUCGCCAGGAAGCGCUGCAGUGCCUGCAGCAGCACCAGGACUUGCGGCUGCAGUGGCUGGGCUCUCCUUAUGUCAGCUACGGAGGAACAGCAAAGUCUCUUUACUUGCUGCUUGCUGCUGCGCUGCUGCAGCAGAUGGGUGCUGCUGACAGUUUGCUGCAGCCGCGAGCGCCGGAGACAGCGGCAGCAGCAGCAGCAGCAGCAGCAGAGACGCCUAAUGGGCUGCUGCAGCAAGCAGCAGCAGCAGACACAGCUGCAGAUGCACCCCAGGAGCCCAGCUUGGCCAGUGCUGUGGCACAGCUGCUGCAGCCCUGCAAAGCAGCAGCAGCAACAGCAGCAAAAGCAGCAGCUGCUGCUGCUGCAGACGAGCAGCAGCACGACGGCGCGCCCCAACAACCAUCAGCAGCAGCAGCAGCAGCAGCAGCAGCAGCCCGUGGAGACCGCCGCUCCCCAUCAACACAGGUGUCUGAGCCGCAGCAGCAGCAGCAGCAGCAGCAGCAGCAGCAGCAGCAGCAGCAGCAGCAGCAGCAGCAGGAGGCGGGGGACCCGCUGCACAGCAAGUAUGCUGCAGCAAACUGGUCCUUUUCUGCUUUUUUUGAAUCUUUUGUCUCCAAAAACUUCGGCUGUAGAGACAGCAGCAGCAGCUUUUUAGAAGGCGGCGGCUGCGGCAGCGGCCGCGCGCUGCCGCUGCGGCUCGAGGCUGCAUGCAGCUUCGCAGCAAGUGAGGCUGCUGCUGCUGCUGCUGCUGCUGCUGCUGCUGCUGCUGCUGCUGCGGGCAGUGCUGCUGCUGCGGGUAGUGCUGCUGCUGCGGGUGGGGCUGCUGCUGCGGGUGGGGCUGCUGCUGUGGCGGGGAGCGCUUUUGCUGCUGCGUGUAGUGCUGCUGCUGCUGCUGCUGCUGCAGCAGUCCGUGCAGCAGCAGAAGUUUGCUGCUGCUGCUUCUGCCUCCUGUCGAGACACUGCAGGUCUGCUGCUUCCUUUGGGGUGUCUGUACAGGUCGGUUCCCUUUUUUGUAUUCUGUGGCUCUCAUGA